AUGGAUACCUCGUUAGUUCCAUGCUUUGAGUUGCCACUCCCUGCCUGGCUUCAGCAACCAGAUACUAUUAUCGCCCCAGAUCGAAAACGCAAGAAGAAAGAUGCAUUGACCGACACAGAAGGGGAAACCACCGAUUCUGCGAGACCACGCUCGACGCAUGGCAAAAGAUCUCUGACCCUAACACCCAAUGAAACCCAUCAAUAUCGAAUUGCCGGUCUUCCUCUUGAUCAGAAGGUACCAGGUGGUCGUUUUCCCCACGCACCCGAGAAAGUCCCCAAAAAGAGGGCCAGCCCAGCCAAUUCUCAAGUUUUGGAAUCCUAUAGCUUGCGUGUGCAACACAUCACAGCGUUGACGACUGUGCUUCAUCGAUGUCUAUACGAAGGUGACUUUCGCCGCGCAGGAAGAGCAUUCGGCCUCCUUUUGCGAGAAAACUUCAGAGGGACACCAGUAGAUGUACGUCACGGUGAUAAAUGGAAUUUCGGCGCGGAUAUCUUGUUACGUCGAGGAGCUAAGCGCCACUCCGAUACCAAUGAGGAUGGGGACAUUCCUGCGACAUUCACCAUUAGGGGAUUUGCGGAAGCGAAGGCAUAUUAUGAAAAGCUGAUCCUCCUUCAUCCCUAUGCGAGAAACGUCCCGCAUGUCACCUCCGCUCUCCAGUUUUAUCCUGCCAUGUUCGGUCUAUGGAUCUAUGUUACCCAGGAGGAGAGUAGCCUGGAGAGAAAGAAGAUAGAACAUGGUGAUACUUCCAACGACGAUAUGUCCGACGACGAACUGUUCGACGACGAAGUGUAUGACGAUGAAGACUUGGACUAUACAGGUCGGGCAUUAUACAAGAAUCAAACACGCAUUUCAGCUAUUCGCUCCCGGGAACUCGAACAGGCUCAACAAAUCGCAAGGCGCAUUGACACUCUUCUUGGAUCUCCACCAUAUUCAGACUCCGUGGAAUUGCUGGAAUUGCGAGGCAUGGUGUGUCUUUGGAUCGGCGAUCUGCUCAUUUCCUCCCUACCACCCUCAGCUCGGAAAGAAAAGCAGAGCCCCGAGACCAUAUCCACGGAUGGUGGGAAUGACCCGUAUAAAACACAGCUCGCAGAAAGGUUGGCAAUGGACAAUAGGUGGCGAGCAGUGGAGCAGAGACGGUUGGAGGUUGAUAAGGCACGGGAAUUCCUGGAGGAAGCUGAGAAACGGGGAAUACGAGUCCUAUACGAUCUGAAGAAUUUGGAUGAUCUUAGGGGUUCUCCAGGUGUAGACAGUUAUAAAUGA